AUGGAAACGGCAUUUGAUGAUUGUUCGAAAUUACGGGAUUAUCCUUCAAAAGGAUCAAUUUCAGUAUGUCGGAUCAAGAAAAAGGUGUAUCGAAUGUCAAAUAAGCUCCUCAGUCAGCAAUCGCCCGAUCACGCGAACUUGAUUCCCACGCAAUCCGAACCGCAAACUUCCUUGCUACAAUCAUUUCCGGCUGCUUGUCGAGCACGUCCUAUUUCUUCCUCCCUUUCUCGUCUGGUUAGAAAGGAGAAUAUAUCAUCCAGUUUGUUUUACCCAGUUCUCUUCAUUCAGGACUGGAGAGAGGAAGUGCAGAAGCAUAAGACAGGAUGA